AUGGCGGACCGCCUCCGAAUUCAUCCGGCGGCGAGUCCGCCUCCCGAGGAGGCCUCGGUGUCCUCCAAGACCCGGCCGACCAAUCACGAACCGCCACACACCGUCCCCACAACCAACGAACCGCCACACACCGUCCCCACAACCAAUGAGAGGUCUCUGCCGAACCGUCGCUGCCGCUACUGCAGCCGUCUUACAUGCAUGUUAUGGACGAUCCUCACGGCAGUCGCUUUUACGCUUCUUGCCGGUGCUGCCGCGGGGAUUAUGUACCUCGUUUUCCGCUUCAAGAUCCCGACGUACUCGAUCAACCGCCUCGCGCUCUCGGCAUUCAAGGUCGACGGUAACCUCACCGUCCGGGCCAGCUUCGUCGUGACGAUCACCGCAGAUAACCCGAAUGCGAAGAUGGGGAUCUACUACCUCGACGGCGGCCGAUUGAGCGUGUUGUACGGUGACAAUUUGCUCGGCUCCGGAAGUUUUCCAGUAUUCUACCAGGGUCACCGGAACACGACGGUGAUCAACGUGAUCGUGAGCGGGGAGGCGCCGCUUGCUGGGCCGCUGGUGACGGCGCUGCGGCGGCAGCAGCGGGAGACGGGGACGGUGCCGCUCGCCGUGCACGGUGAUGUGCCGGUGCGGGCGAAGGUCGGAAAAUUGAAGCUGUGGAGGGCGACGGCGCAGGCGCGGUGCAAUCUGCUGGUGGGCGCCGUAAAUCCGGAGGCUCGUAUUGGCAUUUUGUCGAACACUUGCAGUUUCAAGUUUAAACUCUCAAGUUAA